AAAAUGGAAUACAAGACACGUCAAUGGCAUGAGAACUGCUUCUGUUGCUGUGUCUGCAAAAUGGCCAUUGGCACUAAGUCGUUCAUCCCUAGAGAGCAGGAGAUCUAUUGUGCUGGCUGUUAUGAAGAGAAAUUCGCUACUAGAUGCAUCAAGUGCAACAAGGUAAUCACCUCAGGUGGUGUCACCUACAAGAACGAGCCAUGGCAUCGCGAAUGCUUCACAUGCACCCACUGCAAUAUCACAUUGGCCGGACAACGCUUCACCAGUCGCGAUGAGAAGCCCUACUGUGCCGAUUGCUUUGGUGAAUUAUUCGCCAAACGUUGUACAGCAUGUGAGAAACCCAUUACAGGCAUUGGCGGCACCCGAUUCAUCUCGUUCGAAGAUCGCCAUUGGCAUCACGAUUGUUUCGUGUGUGCCAGCUGCAAGACCAGUCUAGUCGGACGCGGUUUCAUCACCGAUGGACCCGAUAUCAUUUGUCCCGAAUGCGCCAAGCAGCGACUUAUGUAAGAAUGAGGACGUCAGCUAUGUUGUAUGUGAACCAAAGUGAACAUGCAUAGCGCGUGGCAUGAUGCUCUCUAUCAAGCUAUUAAAAAAACAAUGGAAAAUUCAAUUGAAAAAUAAGAAAAAAACGAAAUAUUAAUAAAGCUUACAGAAAAAUUUAUGUAUGUAAUUUAAAAAUUCAAAAAGAUCAAUGGAAUAUUGAAAAAGUAUAUAUUAAUUAAUAAAUGUAUAUUAGACAACCUUAUCAGCCUCGAAGCGAAAAGGCGUGGAACUCCUUUUGAGCAAUAAAAUAUUCAUAUUCAGCAGUGAGAGAAAAAAAAUUAAGUAAAAUAAUUUAUGUAAAAGAAUUGAUUUAUCUACUAGCUGUUAGUUUACUUAAAUUUACAAAACGCUAUUAUUGUUAUAGAUAUCAGACACAUAAGCUGAAUUAUACAAUUUUCUAAAAAUCUUACUAAAAAUGUAUUUGGCUUAAAACUAUUUGCGUACUUAGGAAAAAAAAUUGGAUGUGGAUACUCCGCGGUAUGUAUAUGAAAUUAUUUUUGAGAGAAGCAAUGAAUGGGCAUUUUAAAGUUAAGAAAAGUUAAAAAACUCAAACAGAAGCAUGCAAUUUUAAGAUCAUAAGAAACAAAUUUAAAAAGUAAUUGCCAAAAUCUCCCUUAAAUCUGUAACUAUUUAGAAAGCUUGAUAUAACCACAGCAGAUAAAUGCUUACCACUAAGCCAUUUUUUUGUUAUAAAUACAUAUGUACAUGUUUAAUUGCAUGCAACAUAAGAAUGCCACAAAAUAAUCUACUUAAUUUAAAUGAUUGCAAAGAGCCUUAAAACUU